AUGUAUGGAAGAGCCAACUUCUGGGUGCGCUCCAACUCUAUCAGCGCCGGUCCCAGGGCUCAAGCGCUGGAGCGAGUUUUAUCUCAACUGCGCCAUAGACUACCAUGCCUUUCGCGAAUGGCAGGUACAAGUUUUUUCCAACAACAAAAUUUGAACAAAAUGGUGUUUUGCACCAAAAACAUGCCUCCGAGUUCAAUCAUUGAUGUAGCAAGUGAACGGUAUGCGGAAAUGGUUCGACGCCCACACUCUCAAAGCCCCUUGCGUGGAGUGGCGACAAGAGUUGGUGACAACGAAUACGGUCCAGUGUACACGAUUGACAUUGAUCUCGUCAACCACGACAUCCCUAUUUGCGCCAUUGACUUUCAUUCCUAUGCGCCUCAGGGCCACAAAGUAUCUGCCACGCUUUCCGAACUAGCGAGGCCCUACUUCCGCGUCGUACAGUACCUCAAACAGAACGCUCCUCAGGAAAUCGGUCCUGGUCAAGUCGCGCGAGUUGAAGUCGGGCAAACGCUUUGGAUCUCAAUUUUAGGUGGUGCAAUCCUUGACACUGGGAGAUUAACAAUCCAAAUCUCCCAGCAGCUGGCGCCAUAUGCGGGCACUGCGACCGAGUUUGGCGACCGAGUUUUUAGUGGUGGCAUCAAUCGACGAUCGGCUGUCCCAUUCUUCAAAGCGGGCAUUUUUGGUCAGAUCGUGGUUUGCUACUUCCUAUCCGUCGGCACAUCUGCCGGGGUCAUGUACUACGGGAAAGCUCUUCCAAAGAGCGACGAGCAACCCGGCAUGAAGAUGUAUGUUCCUGGAUCCUCAAGCAAAGAACUCAUGGUCAUCGCGACUUUUGACCGAUCCACUCCAAAGGAAGGCGGCCUUCGCCCUGGUUUUUUCAUGGCCAGGGCCUGUGGGUUGGCGGCGGCUAUCCUCUAUAUUUGUCAGACAAACUCGUUUUACGCUACGCUUUGGACCCAGCACUCUGACACCCUCUUGGAUCCUUGGUACAACAAUCAUAUGAGAAGACAUGUGUUCAAGUUGAGGGGACUGGAUAGGUUGUGGCCUGUGCUUGAUGCUUUGACGUGGCUCUCGGGCGUGCCUUUAGGCAUGCUGGAGAACGGACGGUCGUUUUCAGCAGAUCAAAAUAUGCUGCAUCUUGUUUCGUUAAUUGGUGGAUGAUGGGUGCUGUAGCAAGUGCGUUAGGGAGUGGCAUCCGUGGUUAAUGUCCAUUAUGUACUUCAAGUCAUGUAUCC